GUUCCGCCCGGCUGGCCCGCCUGGGAGGCGGGUGGGGGCAAGAGGAGAAGGGGAGGGCUGGGGGGUGGAAAAGGGCGAGCCCCUCUCGCCCCGGACGGGGAAGAGCGGCCGCGGCGCUGGGCGAGCCCGCCAGGCGAGGCAGUGCCAUGCUGCCUUUGUGCAAAGUUGGGCGGCGGGCGGCACGCCGCGCGCAGGGACCCCGCACACCCGCGACCGCGCGCAGUCGUGGCUGCUGCUGAGUGGCGGGGGCCCCCCCGCUCCCCCAGCCCUUGAAGGCGGAGAGAGCUCGCGUCUCGCUCGGCUUCAGGGUAAGUCCAGCUGUGAGCAGGGUGUUCUGUUCUUCACUUCCAGCAAGCCAGAGUUUUAUAAAUGGACACUGACAUGGACUACGAAAGACCCAACGUUGAAACCAUCAAGUGUGUGGUCGUGGGAGACAACGCUGUGGGGAAGACACGCUUGAUCUGUGCCAGAGCGUGUAACACGACGCUAACGCAGUAUCAGCUGCUGGCCACCCACGUACCAACAGUGUGGGCGAUUGACCAGUACCGGGUCUGCCAGGAGGUCUUGGAGCGUUCCCGGGAUGUUGUUGAUGAAGUGAGCGUUUCUCUCAGGCUUUGGGAUACUUUUGGCGAUCAUCACAAAGACAGGCGUUUUGCAUAUGGCAGAUCUGAUGUUGUGGUCCUCUGUUUUUCGAUCGCUAAUCCCAAUUCCCUAAAUCAUGUGAAAAGCAUGUGGUAUCAAGAAAUAAAGCACUUUUGCCCUCGCACACCUGUUGUCCUGGUUGGCUGCCAGCUAGAUCUCCGCUAUGCUGAUCUUGAAGCUGUUAAUCGAGCCAGACGCCCGUUAGCGAGGCCCAUAAAGAGAGGGGAUAUCCUGCCCCCAGAAAAAGGCCGAGAGGUUGCAAAGGAACUUGGUAUACCAUACUACGAAACAAGCGUAUUUGACCAGUUUGGAAUCAAGGAUGUGUUUGACAAUGCAAUCCGAGCAGCGCUGAUUUCCCGCCGGCACCUGCAGUUCUGGAAAUCCCACUUAAAGAAAGUUCAGAAGCCUUUACUUCAGGCACCAUUCCUACCUCCAAAAGCCCCUCCACCGGUCAUCAAAGUUCCAGAAUGUCCGUCCAUGGGGACGAAUGAAGCUGCCUGUUUACUGGACAAUCCUCUGUGUGCCGACGUCCUGUUCAUCCUUCAGGACCAGGAGCACAUCUUUGCACACCGAAUUUACCUCGCUACCUCCUCUUCCAAAUUUUAUGACCUUUUUUUAAUGGAAUGUGAAGAAACACCGAAUUGGAGCAAAGGAGCUUGUGAGAAAGAGAGGCAGAGCAGGGAUUUCGAGGGGCGGGCAUUGAGUGUUGACCCAGAUGAGGAGAAGGAGGAGGGCACCCCAAGGACGCCUCAGGCCGAUCAGUGGAAGUCCUCGAGCCAGAACCUGUUCCAACAGGAGACUCUGGGGCUAGAAGCCGAGGGCUCGAUUCCAGAGACGCAGACUUUGUCAGGCUGGAGCAAGGGGUUUGUUGGAAUGCACAAGGAAAUGCAAGUCAAUCCUAUUUCAAAGCGGGUGGGCCCGAUGACUGUGGUCAGGAUGGACUCAUCGGUUCAGCCAGGCCCUUUCCGGACCCUGCUUCAGUUUCUGUAUACAGGGCAGCUGGAUGAAAAGGAAAAGGAUUUGGUGGGCCUGGCUCAGAUUGCAGAGGUCCUGGAGAUGUUUGAUUUGAGGAUGAUGGUGGAAAACAUCAUGAACAAAGAAGCCUUCAUGAACCAGGAGAUUACAAAAGCAUUUCACGUCAGGAAGGCCAAUCGGAUAAAAGAGUGUCUCAGCAAGGGGACAUUCUCAGAUGUGACAUUUAAGUUGGAUGAUGGAGCCAUCAGUGCCCACAAACCGCUGCUGAUCUGUAGCUGCAAGUGGAUGGCUGCCAUGUUCGGGGGGUCGUUUGUGGAAAGUGCCAACAGUGAGGUAUAUCUGCCGAACAUAAACAAGAUGUCAAUGCAGGCGGUAUUGGAUUAUCUCUAUACCAAGCAGUUGUCACCUAACUUGGACCUGGACCCACUGGAAUUAAUUGCCUUGGCAAACAGAUUUUGCCUGCCACACUUGGUUGCACUUGCAGAGCAGCACGCCGUUCAGGAGCUGACCAAGGCCGCAAUGAGUGGUGUGGGCAUUGAUGGGGAAGUACUCUCUUAUUUGGAGUUGGCCCAGUUUCACAAUGCCCACCAGUUGGCCGCCUGGUGUUUGCACCACAUCUGCACCAACUACAACAGUGUGUGUUCCAAGUUCCGCAAGGAAAUCAAAUCAAAAUCUGCAGACAACCAGGAAUACUUUGAGCGGCACCGCUGGCCCCCUGUGUGGUACCUGAAGGAAGAAGACCACUACCAGCGUGUGAAAAGGGAACGAGAGAAGGAAGAUAUUGCACUAAAUAAACACCACUCAAGAAGAAAGUGGUGCUUCUGGAAUUCAUCUCCAGCAGUCGCCUGAGGAGGAAGAGAAAAAAAAUCAGUCAUCUGACACACCCCUUUUAAAAGCACUACUGUAAAAUUAGUCUUGUUAUUAGAGAUAAGCUAUAGUUCAGGUUUCAGGCACUGAUCUUCCUCCACUUUUGUGCAUUUAUCUUUGUUGGGAUCAAAGCACAAACUCACCAUCAACGAGCCUGGACAAAAAGGGAAGUUGACGCUCGCUGCAUUCCUUAAACUGGUAUGUCUAUUUUUUGUUAGAAGGCUUAAUAAACUUUAGCCAGUUUUUUCGUUUCUUUUUAUACAAAGGAAAAAAAAAAAAAAAUCCAGCUUUCAUGUUUCAAAUUCCAAAUUGGAAAAUAUUUUUAUAUGGUCUCUUAUAUUUUGUUGAAAUGAAAAUACUAUGUAUUACUUUAUUUUACAGGCCACAAAUUAACCAUGAAGUCGCCCUGUGAUUCCCUUUGCCCACAUGACCACCAAGCAUUAUUACAUAAUUAGAGGGUUAUCCUUUUGUUGUGAAGUAAAAGCUUGGAAGGAAAUUCCCCAAAGUGCAAGUUAGAGAGUGUUUAAUCUUUGUGCUGCCAAAUAACAUCGGUAUAAUUACCAAGUUAGCUCCAAGAAUGUGUAUUUACAAUAUUUGCUGUGUAAGUGCUAGUAAUUAUAUGGUUAUAUGUGCCAUGUAAAAUAUAGUGAUAUCAAAUCUUCUGUUGUUUAAAAUAUCUAGAUUCAAGAGGAUAAUCUUUAUAAUCAUUAGAAGGGCUUAUUAAAUCCCAGCAUUAUCCAGGGCAAACUCACUGGUGGACGUGAAUACAAAAGAUACCAUAAGAGCGUUAGUGUUUGGAUUGCUGUAUUAGGGUUUAUGUCUCAGUAUUCCUUGAUCUUGCCAUGCUUCUGCAUGCAGAUUCUCCACGGACUUGAAUUGAGAUGGGCAAGGGAAAGGGUCCCCAGACUCUGUCCCGCCAUCGGCAGGCCUGUCACAUCUCACCAC